AUGGACGAUAUGGACGCAGAUCAGAUCCGCAACAAGCGGCUGGCGAAGCUUGCUUCUCAAGCUACAAGUUCUUCUUCAUCGCCGCAAAAUGAGUCCCAAACUCCUUCACAGCCCGCCUCGUCCGCUUCAACCCCACGGCAACAGCAACAACCGCAGCCUAGUUCCUCCAGCGGAACAGAAUCAGGGACACACCCGGACCCUUCCAACCAACCCUCAGAUAUGAAACGGAUUAGAAUUACUCAAGCGGGAAACCUAGGCUCGGCAGCCAAAGCUUCAAGACCCCCAGAGACUAUUGAAGAGUUUGAAAAUCGGACACUAUGCAAUAUAUUCAGGAUCAGCCUGCAAGAGGAUCGUCGAACAGAUGUAAACGGCCAGAAACUCACGUACGUGAGCGGAGUGCGACGAGAUCUUGAAGAAGAUGGCGCCCCAGUUCGCAUGAGCACCGCCGUUCUAGACCAGGCUUUACUUGAAGCGGCUUCUCAGACGGACAACCAAAAACCUCUAUCAUACCUACUGCCAUGUUGGAAGAGAAUAAACACUCUAAUCAAAGGCUUUAAGAAACACGCAGUUGGUGAUCCAAAAUAUGACAUCGUUCUGGAAGCCAGAAGGUUAUGCAUGGGCUACUGUAUAUUCGCAGCAACGAUGCCCGAAAUGUUCGGAGUCGAAUUCCCUCCACCUGCCCCGCUUAAGCCACAUCUUCUCCUCGACCCGGAUGAUGACCAGGGCCUUGGUCAAGAAUUUAUCCUGGAGGCUCUAAAACGAACAGAAGAAGAUGACACGAUUAUGCCAGCUUUUAUUACAGCUGUCGAAAAGAUGAGUCAGGAUCUUUCGAAGCUUACCAUCGAUGACGAUUAUCUGCCUUAUAUGAAGGCACUACGUAACCUCGUCCGCUACCCAGCAAUAGCAACUGCUAUUACGGAAUCACCCAAGUUCAACCUGUUGGCCCUACCUUCUGCCUUUGAACAAAUAACACUUCUAGGCCCGUGGUUUGCACUCUCUCCACUACAUCGCGACGUAACACUUAAAUAUUUUUCGAGCCCCAAGACUCGAGAUCAACACUUUAUUCUAAACGCUCAGAGGUCACUGAGGAUGACACAGCAACUGCUACAGAGCGAGUUAUUGGAUAUCAUCAACCAGCUCAUUAGAGCUUCAAAAUCUGCACGAGAACAGGUUUUAGAUUGGUUUGCAGCGGCAUUGAAUGCCAACCACAAACGGAGAGCCCUCAAUGUAGAUCCUACACGAGUAUCCUCUGAUGGAUUUAUGUUCAACAUUACUACCUGUCUUGACCAGCUUUGUGAGCCGUUUAUGGAUGCCGCUUUUACCAAGAUUGACAGGAUAGAGCUGGAAUAUCUCCAGCGGAAACCAAGAAUACAGAUGAGGGAUGAAACGAAAUUGAACGCCGACCAGGAAACCUCAGAUGCAUUCUAUGACAAGACGGCGGAUGGGGCAUCAAAUUUCAUCACAGAAAUAUUUUUCUUGACCGUCGCUGCUCACCACUACGGCAGUGAGUCAUUAACCUCAAAGCUCAGUGAUCUUGAUAGGCACCUGAGAGAUAUGCAGACGCAAAUCGACCGUUUUGAACUUGAGAGGCAUCGAUGGAUUUCUAACCCUCCGCAGCUGCGGAUGUUCGAGGAAGCGCUGAAGAAGUACAAGGACCGACUUGACCUAGGCAUAGCUUUUCAAUAUGCUCUCCAGGGGAUACUAUUUGAUGAAAUUUGGCAAUCCCGCUCUAUGCAAUUCAUGAGAUACGUGGUCGUCUGGUUGCUGCGUUUGAUAUCUGGCCGCAAUUUCCCGAAGGAGCCAAUUAAGCUGCCAUUACCAGAGCAACAAUCUGAAGCUCUGAAAUGCCUUCCAGAAUACUUUCUUGAAGAUGUAAUCAGCAAUUUCAAGUUCAUAAUGCUGAACAUGCCGCAAAUCGUCACUUCCACGCAGGGAGAUGAGGUGAUAAUGCUAUGCAUCACUCUCCUACAAAGCUCCAACUAUAUCAAGAACCCAUUCCUGAAAUCUGGCUUAGUAUCCAUCCUUUUCUAUGGUACCUUGUCUCGUCGAAGCGGCGGAAGAGGAGUCCUUGUUGACAUCUUAAACUCCAUGCCAUUCGCCCUAAACCACCUUCUUCAUGGCCUAAUGACAUUCUACAUCGAGGCGGAAUUUACGGGCACCCACACGCAAUUCAGCGAUAAGUUCAACAUCCGAUACGAGAUAUUCCAGAUUAUCAAGUGCAUUUGGCCAAACCAAGUCUACCGAGAGAAGCUAUCUACUGAAGCGAAGAAAAACUUGGAUUUCUUUGUCCAGUUCGUAAACCUUCUUCUCAAUGAUGUAACAUAUAUCCUCGACGAGUCGUUUAGUUCAUUCCUCAAGAUCCAUGACACACAAGAGGAGUUGAAUCGGGACGGGGGUUCAAUGGACGAGACCACUCGACAACAAAAGGAAGAGCUCCUAGCAACUGAGAAACGCAGGGCAAAAGCAACCAUGCAACUAACUAACGAAACAGUGGCAAUGCUUAAGCUCUUUACCGAGGCACUGGCCGAUUCAUUCACAAUGAAAGAAAUUGUGCAGCGUCUAGCUGAUAUGAUAAACUAUAACCUCGAUGCCAUGGUCGGCCCAAAGAGCGCGAACCUGCGCGUGGACAACCUAGCUGAAUAUGGCUUCAGCCCUCGUAAUAUGUUGAAUGAGAUCACCGACGUUUACCUGAACUUGAUGGGCAAAGAAAGUUUCAUCCUAGCAAUUGCUCGGGAUGGACGAUCGUACAAGCCAGCGAAUUUUGAAAAGGCUGCCGAAAUUCUUAAGAAAUUUGCCCUGAAAUCCCCUGAAGAUUUGGCUAAAUGGGACCAACUACGGGCUGCAGUGAAGAUGGCUAAGGAGGAGGAUGACCGUGCGGAGGAGGAUCUAGGAGAAAUUCCAGAUGAAUUCUUAGAUCCUCUGAUGUGCACGCUCAUGGAAGACCCUGUUAUCCUGCCGAGUUCAAAGGUGACAAUUGACAGGUCAACCAUCCGGUCUCAUCUUCUCAGUGAUCCUAAUGAUCCGUUCAACCGUGCCGCUCUGAAGAUUGAGGACGUAGUUCCAGAUACCGAGAUGAAAGCGAAAAUCGAAGCGUUCAGGGCGGAGAAAAAGGCCGCGAGGCUGGAGAAAGACUCCGUCAAGAACGGCGAUAAAAUGGAGACCGGCCCUGGACCAGAACCAUAUGCUUUAACGUUCUACAUCAAAUGGUACAACCCUGGACACUCUCAACUAGAAUCGCCUUUGUGCUCCAUCAGGGUAGGAUCCACACGCCAAACUCAAUUGAGUCUAAGCGCUUUAUGGCCCAUCUACGAAGUCAACAACAACUCCAGCCUCGAGCCUCAGACGUCAACGAAAACUUCUACGCUUCACACACUCAGCACGAUGGACGCAAUAAGGGACUCCGUGGCAGGAUGGGUUGACUCCCUUCCUCCACGCGCGGAUUUCUUCCCCGUUACUCAACCAGCAUACACAGUCCUGCUAACCGUCUUCCAGUAUUUCCUCCUCAUCCCACUCAUCCAGAUGAUAACCCCGUACUAUCCUCAAGGCAAAACCUCCUUGUCUAAAUCCUUCCUCAACCUCCCCGGUCGGUAUACAUGGUGUAUAAUGGAAAGCACCGGAAUGAUAAACUUCAUCUACAUCCUCUCAACAUCCGAUCAAGGCAGUGGCUUUUCCGGCCUAUCGACAUGGCAUAAAGUCAUCGCUGUGAUCUAUGUGCUUCACUACGUCAACCGAGCGAUCAUAACGCCCCUCUUCCUCGCACCAAGCAUGUCACCUAUCCAUAUCGAAAUCGUACUUUUCGCAGUAGGCUUCCACUACAUCAGCUCAAGCUGUUUGGCGUUCUGGCUACUUGGAUAUAAAACAUUCAUGACCACUGCUGGUACCGCUGAUGCGCCAGGCGUUCUGUACGAUGCGACGACCGUUUCUGCGCCAGAGAUGACUGGAUACAUGGCGUACGUACCAUACGUUGGCCUCGCGCUCUUCCUGGUUGGAAUGUACGGAAACAUUCAGUCUGAAAACACGCUAUUCGAGCUACGCAAGGAGGAAGCGCACAGGAGACAAAGGCAGCAAACGAAGGGAAUCGCGAACGUGAGCGCAAGCGCGGCUGGUAAAUCGAUAUAUGAGAAGGUUUACGUCCUUCCUCCGGCGGAGGGAUAUUUUUCCUCGAUACUCUUCCCACAUUAUGCGUUGGAGUGGAUUGAAUGGUCGGGUUUCCUGCUUAUUGUGCUAUCACUCACGACCUUCAGCUCAACGCCUGUCGUGGAGUCGACGUCAUUGGUGGCCGUAGUACCUCUAAUGCCAUUUUACGCGCCAAUCGCUAAAUUUCUGACAACUACAUGUGGCUUACCAUUCCCAUUCCCAGCGUUGUUGACGUUCGUGAAUAUCAUGGCAACUACGGCGGUUCGCGCUCGCUGGGGAAGGGCCUGGUAUACUGAGCGCUUUGGUGCGCAGGCAGUGGGCUCAAGGGGAGCGUUUGUUCCAUACUGCAAAUGGUUGUGA